AUGAGCGCAACCAAGGCUCUCAUAGUAGGCAUCUCUGGGUGUUCCUCAAGCGGGAAAACCACUCUUGCGAGACUGCUGCGGGACAUUUUCCCCCACACUUUUAUCCUGCACGAAGAUGACUUUUAUAGACCUGAGAAUGAAUUACCGACAAAGAAUGGUCUUCUAGACUGGGACUGUGCCGAGGCCAUUGAUAUCCCUGCCAUGGCUGAAUCCCUCGCUUAUAUCCGCCAACACGCUGCCUUUCCUCCUACUCUUGACUCCAAAGAGGAUCAAAACUCUGUAGGAAAGUGUCCUGUCCCGGAUUCCACAAUCAACGCCCAGCGCGCCAAAGUAGACGCUGCCCUAGGCCCAGACCAUCCCCUCCGUAACAACCUGCGUCUAUGUCUCCUGGACGGAUUCCUUCUCUACUCACCCUCCAUGGCAGCUGUAAAGCCUAAUUUAGAUAUCAAACUCUUUUUGAGAACGACGUAUGCGAAAGCAAAGGCGAGAAGAGAGGCUAGAGAUGGAUACGUCACUCUCGAAGGCUUCUGGGCGGAUCCUCCGGGUUACGUGGAUAAGAUCGUUUGGCCUAAUUAUGUGGAGGAGCAUGCUUGGAUGUUUGAGGAUGGCGAUGUAGAGGGAAAAUUCAAGAAGGAUGUUUUGGAUGGGGAAGGGAUCAAGGUGCAGGGUGAUGGGGGUGCUGAUGGUGAUAUUGUCAAGACAUUUGAGUGGACAGUGGACACUAUCUUGGAAGAGCUUGGAAAGCAAGUUUAG